AUGUCAAUUGGCGCCUUUUCAGAAUGGCGAAAGCUGCCGAUAAGCUUGGCUGAGCUCUGCAUAAACACUACUCUCCGCUGUGGCCAAUCAUUUCGAUGGCAGAAGUCGGGAGACAAUGAAUGGAGUUGCGCCCUUUAUGGUCGCAUCGUCUCCCUACGUCAAGACUCCACUCAUCUUUAUUAUCGAUCAUAUUUCCCCCCUACUGCAUCUUCCCUUUUGACCCCUCCUUCUUCCGUACCACCAUUAACGACGGAAGAGUUACCCAAGAAGCUUGAUGAUACAGAUGCAUUAAUCUCCAACUACUUUAAUUUAGAGUUGAACCUGAAGAGCUUGUAUGAGCAAUGGUCAACGGCAGACGAAAAUUUCAAGAAGAAAGCUCCCCAGUUCACUGGUAUCCGUAUCUUGCGGCAGAAUGCGUGGGAGGCGCUUAUUUCGUUCAUUUGCAGUAGCAACAACAAUAUAGCACGAAUAUCACAAAUGGUAGAGAAACUAUGCCUGAACUACGGUCAAUUUAUCGGAUUCAUAGACAAGAAACCGUAUCAUGAUUUCCCGGCCCCCCAAGCAUUGGCAGGUCGUGAUGUCGAAGCACGCCUCCGUGAACUUGGAUUCGGAUACCGGGCAAAGUAUAUUUACCAAACUGCGCUUAUUGUUGCCAACCAUCGCGAGGAAGGAUGGUUAAAUUCUCUUCGUAAUCCAGAGUGUCCAUCGUUUGGUGCAAAACCUCUAUCUGCUGGAGAAAUGAUGGAGGGAGGUAGAGAGGGAUAUCGAAAGGCUCAUGAUUGCCUCCUCGAGUUGCAAGGGGUUGGCCCCAAAGUCGCGGAUUGCGUCUGCCUUAUGGGGUUAGGCUGGGGGGAAGCGGUUCCCGUUGAUACUCACGUAUGGCAAAUUGCGCAGCGGGAUUAUAAAUUUGGCAAAGGCAAACAUAAAAGUCUAACCAAAGCAACGUACGAUGCUGUUGGGAACCAUUUCCGGGGCCUUUGGGGAAAGGAGGCUGGCUGGGCGCACAGCGUCUUGUUUACGGCGGAUCUGAAAACAUUUUCAAAACGGUUAACCAAUGAGGUAACCCUUGAUGAGAAAAUGGUUAUAAAAGAGGAUCCCGAAACAGAGGCGGAGAUAAUCACUAAAGUUUCACACAAGAGAGAAAUAUCUUGUGAUUUUAAGGAUGCGAAGACACAAGAUGACCAUAUUGACACUAAAUCGAACACUACUACGAAGAAACGACGAACUCGACGGGUAUGA